AGCCCAUCUGCCGAGCGUAUAGCUGCUUGCUCGUUGUCUGCGUCAGACGCUAUUUACAAGUGAAACAAGCCAGACGUUGAUUCACGCGUAUUCGAUAGCCGGCAACCAUCAAACGUUUGAGGAAAGCUCGGACGCUAGUUACAGAACUACUCGUGGCCAGGUACAUUGGAAAUUCAAGACAGCAGCAUUAAACCUGGGCAAACUCCGAAAUCUCUGGGGAGGAGGACAGCCUGCAGGUUGACGGGACAAAAAGCCACGUUCGGAACAAGACAAGAAAUUGCAGCGACCGUGCUCGUCGCUUCCACGCAGGUGGACAGAGUAUCCAAAAGGUUGCAAGCUUUUAGGAGGGCUUCCAAAAUCCCUCCCGUCUACGAGCGCCAAACGGCCAGCAACAUUUCCAUAGAGCACAGGGUUGAAGUUAAAAGCAUAAAACCAUGCAACACGAAGAAAAAGCAGUCGCCUGCUUCUCGUGGCGUGAGAUCAAACCGACCGGAGACAAUGGAACAGGAGUUGGACAACUUCUUCGCCCCGGUGAAAAUGGAAAUGCUGCCACUCCUGAGCCUAAACAACGAGGCGGAACCAAUGGUGCUCCAUCCCUGGCAGUAUCCGUACGAACAGCAGGUCCGCACCGACCCUGGCGCGCCCGAUGGCGUCGGCGGCACGUUUUUGGCGACUCAAGUUCCUCGAAGCAACAUACUUCUCAACAUCAAGGACGAGCUUGCCCAACCAGAUUUCAACGACUCCUGGGAGGAGGAUUUUCAGGAUUUGAGUGGCUGGUGCAUGACCAAUGGGCAGCAGCCUCGAUUCGAUUUUCAUGCAGGUGAAUUUGCCAUGGCUUCUAAGCUUACAGAUACAAGAAUUGAGCACAAUAAUGACUUAACUGCAGCGGAUAAGAUGACGUUCAGCAGGAAAACUACUUAUACCGGAAGUGGCGAGACGACACUAAGCGUACGUCGGCCUCAAACGUCCACGUACGUUGUCCAGCCACUUCACGACCACGCCUAUCCAGUAAAUGAUCUGCAACAACAACAGCAAAAACAUAUGCACUCAAAUCACAGUAACAACAACAACAACAUCAUCAACGUCAAAAUGACAAUGAACACCGAAGGCAACCUUAACAACAACGACAACAACAACAAUAACAACGUAGCCUGGCAACACUCGAACAACCCUGGAAUCACAGUACAGCAUGCCACCGGCCUACCCGUUUAUCAACAGCCCCAUACGAUGAUUGACAUUGAAUCCAAGCAGGAACCAAAUUUACUUGGAGUCAGUCAAGAUCCAUUCCAGAUCCUCGAGACCAAUGACUUACCCAAAAAUUUCGAUUUGAUUUCCUUCUUAUGCGAGGAGAACAUCCCAUCUCCAAAUGACGGUGUAUCAACAGAAUCAUCGUCUAAAGUAACAGAGUUCAAUAGUAUGAUUAUGCCGCCGGCAGAUUCCUCGGCACACGUGAUUGUCUCGCCUAAAACUUAUGAACCGGUUCCAUUGUCACCGGUGACACCCACAGACUCGAAAAUCCGCGUGCAAACGACAACUGAUUUAUCGCAGUCGCGAGAAAGCUGUGAGCCCUCGUUCUUAUCAUCAUCCACAACUGCCAAAGUAACGAUUGCCAAGCGAUCGGCGUCGGGUCGGCAGUUGAGACCCGUCAUUAAGCUCGAGAACCCCGACAGUCCACCAUCGAUGGAGAGGCGAACGAGGAUUAGAAAGACACGGACGAGCUCCAUGACUAGCCGCAGUAGCACGAGCAGUUGGGGUAAGUGUAGCAAAAGAAUGCACGAGAGCGACUCGGAUGACGAACAGUACAGGGAAACGCGCGAAAAGAACAACGAGGCGUCACGCAGAUCGCGGAUGAAUAAAAAGACCAAGGAUAGGGAGAUGGUGAGUCGAGCCAUCGAGUUGGAAAAGAACAACAGGAUACUCAAGAUGAAGGUGGAGGAGCUGGACAAGUUGGUCACGUCUUUGCGCAACGCUUUGCUUCGCUUGGCUCUGAAGAGGGAGACCAAAACUGAUGUUCCCUGAGGUGUUGGUCUCUCACGCCGCCAAGGGAUCUCUUUUGAUCCAAACAUAAAGACAAAUUGAUAUUAUUUGUCGGCGCUACUUGAACCACUCAAAACUUUUAUAGUUUUUAUUGAUCGAGUGCUAAACGACGUCCAUGAUAACAAUGACGAUACUUUUAAUACAUUUUUAGCACAGGUCCUUCAAUGCAGUUUUAUUCAUUGAGGGAGAGUUUGCUCAUGAUAAUUAAUAUCAUGGUCAUUCUUUACUUUGUUGACCAAUUUAUAAAACAUGCACGUCACGGACGUUUUAAAAUCAGAGGGUAAAUUUUUAUUUUGUUUCUUACAUGACGCAGAGUAAUUUUUUUUUCUAAUAUUUUUUUAGAUUAAAAUGUGAUGUUUUUUUUCCUUAUUGUAUUUUACCAAGGAAGCUUGAUAUAUUUCGUGUUGGUGUCAAAUACUACGUCACUCUCAUACUUACACCGUGCAUGUUAAGUGGAUAUGCAACUGCAUGUUAUGACAAAUAACGAUAAUUAAUUUUCUCACCUGUCGAAAAAACUUUUCAUUCGACAUCUUGGUGAACCAUGAUUUCUCGAAUAUCUAUAACAUGGCUUGAAAAUAUUUUUAUAUUUAUAUAUAUCUUAUAAACCACGAGGUGGUUCUAUAUUUGGUGGAAAAUGUUAAAAAAAAGAAAAAAAGAAUAUUUUAUCAUGAUAUGUUUUAUGUACACUAAGUGAAAAUUACUUUUCAUUCCGUUGAAUUUUUUGUUAUUAAAUCCAUAGUGAAAAACAAAGCAAAAUAGUGUUAAACGAUGAAGAAACAUUCAAUUAAUGCUGAAAUAUAUAUUGAAAAUCAAACCUACGUAGUUUUUAACCAUUUGAACUGAAUAACAGGAGUAUUUACUUCACUGUAUUUUAAUCAUGAAAUACGGCAGUUUGAGCAUCUUAAUAUAUUUAUUUUCAAAAGUUGCUCGAACAAAAAAUAAGCCGGAAAAAAUGCUUUUAAAUGGUAGAUGAAUAAAUACUGCUUCUAUUUUUUUGAAUAUUACAUGAAAGAAGGAUAAUCUUGAUGAUUAUCUGCAUUGUACUUAUGAUAAAGUAUAACUUUUGCGUGUUGUAGAUGAUGAUUUGUAUUUUAUAGUAUCGUAAAACAUUAAAUAUGUUUUGUAAAAUAAAACAAGACAAGCAAUUUUUUAAUACUAAAUUUUUAUGGUGGACCAUAAAAAAUAUUCUUGUUUCCAUGUUGAGGA